AUGGGGACAGAGAGUAUAGGGGCAAGGUCUUUGCAUGCCUUCUUUAAGACUGCGACUGUGACUGUGGUUGUUCAUGCGCAGGCAGGCUACGGCUAUGUGGCUAUCACCAUGAAGCUGCCCCCGAUCUGGUGUCUCCCCUUGGGGUCCCAGCGGGACAGACGUGUGCUUUCGUAUGUGCUGCUGUCCUUUGCUGCCUCUCUUCUGUGCGUAAAUGUACUAUUAACAACCGCAAGUAGCUAUUCUCAACCCCCAUCGCUGCCCGUCUCUUCCCCCGUUCCCCGCGUUUCCACUUCAUCCGAGGCCUCUGCCUCGCAAAACCCCGAGCUCCAGGGGCCUCUGAAUCCUUCUGGGUCUUUUUCAGAGACAUCUAAGAAGCUUUUGAGCCUGAAUGCCUGUCUGUCGGAUGUCCAAUGCUGGGGCCGAGGGCGGCGGUGCAUUGAAGGACGUUGCUGGGGUUUUGCAGGCCCCAGGCGCGCUGCGUUUGAAUGUGGGGUGGAGACCCCCUGCAGCGUGGGCCCCAUAGACGGGCAUUUUUACGGGGAAGGCGGUAGAGGCAAUAGGGGCCUCUUCAUGCUGCAGGCUAUUCGCGGAGCCCCUUGGGAAUGCGGCCAGUCAACGGCACUCCCCAAGCCACAGCAGACAUCCUGCGGGGACAGAGACGCCGAAGCCUGUGAGUUGAUCACGGCUGGUCACCAGGGCCAGACCAGUGGUCACGUGGCAGGCAAAGAAGGGGAAACGCUCAUUUUGGGGACGGCCGUGCGGUGUAUAUACACCGCAGGAAUCACCCCCCAGUCCAGCUGCACAGCCAGACUGGGAUUUGUGCCUCGCGACCUCCCCGUCGGUCUCUACGCCCUAUGCGGCUGCAGCAGCACCGACUUGGGGGCCAAAGGCAGACCCUGCAGCUCCGACGUAGACUUCUCAGUGCCCGUUGGGACCCUCAGAAUAACGGGCUUUGAGGCCCCUGUUGCUGUUCCCGCAGCGGCCGCAGCGGCUGCUGCUCCUCCUGUUGCAACGGACUCCACUCAUGACGCCGCCGUAGCAGCACCUGAAGCAGCAGCUGCUUCUGAGCCCGCAGGCACGGCGACGGCAACUCCACCGAAAGAGGCAGCAGCACCAGCAGACAGCGGAGCGAACCUAGUCCCAGGAAAUGAGGAAUCCGAUGUCAUUGACGACUCCGAGCCGCUACAGGCCAUCCCCGCUCCUAAGGAGACAAAGCAGCAGCAGCAGCUGCUGCUGCUGCCCCGCUUCACCUGCACAACUGGCCUCCCCUGCGAGCUGCCAACCAUCAAGGGUGUCGGCCUCGACUCAACUCAGCACUUUGUUAGGGCUUUCACUGGGGUGCAUUCCAGCUGCCUUGAGGCUGCCAAGGCAGGCGAUGGACAGCAGCAGCAACAAACAAGUUCAGAUUCUGGACAGCCUCAAGAGGCUCAGCAAGGCGAUCAGCCCCAGGUACAUCAGCAGCAGGGGCAGAAGCAGCAACAGGAAGAGCAGCAGGAGGAAAAGCAAAAGGGGAAGGAAGAGAACCCGAAGGAAGAAGAGGACGCUCCGCAGGUGCAGCAGGAGCAGCAGGAGCAGCAGGAGCAGCAGCAGUCUGGCGCUGCUGUUCAGCUGCGUAGGCUGCAGUUCAUCGAGGACCGCGCAGCGAACUUGCCUGGAGAGGAGGGGGAGGAGGGGGCCGACGCAGGGGAGUGCCGGAAGCACAGCGACUGUCUGCGGGGCUUUGGACAGUGCGUGGGGGGCCGGUGCCACGGGUUUGUGCCGGACCUGAAGGGGCAGCGGCUGCUGCGCUGCGUGGAGGGCUAUCACUGCGACGCAGAGAAGGGAGACAUCCCGACUGUAGGCAACAAACAGAACUUCACCGUUAUCGCCAUCGGCCCACAAGAAGAAUGCGGGACGGCAGUUAACCUCAAACCCGACAGUUCGAUAUUCAACAACGUGAACAAGUGGGUUUGUUCUUCUACGGUGUCGGGUUCUUGCGAGUUGCGAUUCGGUGUGGGUCGUCGUCUGAGUCGAGCCAACAGCGUGGAGGGGGUGCGGCUAUGCGGGUGCCCCGGGCUGGACGUGAACGGCGACGGGCGUCCAUGCAACCACAUGCGAGAUUUUCCUGUGCCAGUCGGUCGGGUGUCUGUACAGGAGUGCAUUACGAAUGCUCACUGUGCAGACCGUCAACUCGCGUACUGCAUUAAAGACCACUGCGCCGGGUUUUUUGUCACUGCAGCAGCAGCCAGCCUCAACGCCUUUGCCUGCGUACGCAAUCAGGAAUGCACGCUGGAGAACGUUGCAGCCAGGGGGGUCGCAGAGGCCCUCAAAGUCAUACCUAUCGCAGCACACCUCAAAUGCGGACCGGAAGCGGCACUCGACCCCAACUUCCUACCCGAAUCCGCAAUGCCCUGUGUAGCAGAUGUAGACGGAGACGGAAAAUGCGACGUGCAUCUCGGCGUCAACCACUUCUUAGGGUACAUACACCACACCUCCACCCGAGAACACAAACACAGAUAG